AUGUGGUUAGCAAUAUCAUUGCUCGGAUGCGUGGCUUUUGGCGCCGGCGUCGAGGCACAGAUGCAGUGCAAAGAUAUGAACAACAACAAUGUGGAAUGGUACGUCUUCUACAAGCUGCCGAAAAUCGCCAAGUCCAACAACCCACUCAUCGCAAAUGGCACCGGAAUGUUGUACAUGGACAAGAAUACGAGAACCUGGACCUACAAUGCUACGAUCAGCAUCAUGGACGCUAAUCAGGCCGUCGCGUACACGCUGCAACAAUAUUACGAUCAGCGUGAUAACCCGUUGAUGCUAUCCAUUUUCUACAACGACGAGAAGCCCGAUAAUACCACUUCUUUCGAUCUGGGUCAUCAGAAAGGUGUUACCGCCUUUGACAUGUUCUCCGGUUUCUGGCUCAUCCAUUCCGCGCCGAAAUUCCCGCCCGCUGACCACUACUUCUACCCGCCGAACGCGCAUAGCUUUGGCCAAAUGGGCAUCUGCAUUUCGCUGGCCACACACAACAUCCAAAACGUUGCCGACCAGCUCUACUACACCCAACCCUUCAUCUACCAAUUUGAUCUACCGGCCCAAUUUGCGAACCUCUACCCCCGGUUGGCAGAUGUGAAGAAGGGCCUCUAUCCAAAAGCGGCUCCAUUCUCAAGUAUAAAACCGUUUACGGCGCUCGGCGGGACCCAGUUCACACACUUUGCCAAAGCAAAAGGAUUCGCUAAUGAUCUUUAUGGGGCCUUAAUUGCACCGACAAUCAACACCGAUCUCUACGUCGAAUCGUGGCAACAUCAGCCCGGAAACCUCGGCCCAUGGUGUAACUAUACACAAAAGGUGCUGGAUAUCACCUGGGUGAAUUUGCCGUUCAAUUUCACCUUUGAGACCUGGUGGGAUCAUUCUAAAUACGCCAUCGCUACAAACCAGGGCCCCUCAAACGUUACCCCACCACCACUGGUUUGCAUUGGUGAUAUCAAUCGGCAGGAACACCAAAUGGUUCGCGGCGGCGGCUCAAUGUGCCUGAACGACGCUCAGCUCUAUGCGGCGUUCCGCUCAAUCCCCUCAACGUCCGACAAAUGCGCCUUGGGAAUGAAGGACGAUAAGGACGAGAUGCUCGACACAAAUCAUAAAAUGUCGGAACCAGCGCAGAAACCGGCGCCCACAAAGAAGAAGGCGAAAAAGAAACCAGUGAAAGGAGUUAACAUCGAGGCCCAGCGUCGGAUGACGUUCCUACAUGAAGCUGCCGGCCAUAUUUCCAUUCAAGGAACCUCGUCAAACGACGCAUACGCAAAAUUGAGCAGGAAAUACGGCAAGCUGCUGCGACAAGUGAAACAACACGGCACGUAUCAGUUGCCGAAAGGCUACAAUCGGGCGUACUGUCGUAAAUGCUGGGAAGUGUUUGCCGGCAAGGAAAAGUUUGGGCUAAACGAAAACGCCGGCUGCCUCGUUCGUACCUGUGGAAAUUGCCAGGCGACCCGUCGGUAUCAGAAGAGUGAAAAGCAUCAAACGAGAAACGACGAGGAAUUUAAAGGCUCUAUUCUGGCUACCUACCAGACGACGAACGCCGGCUCAACGAACUCAAAUAAAGCA